AUGGCUUCGGUCCAGUUGCCGACUUUCACAACCACUCCCAUCGAAAAGAUCCCUUCCAUCGUCUCCCGAAUCCGCAAGACCUUCUUCUCCCAAAAGACUCGCCCGGCGGCCUUCCGACUCAAACAGUUGCGCAAGUUAUACUGGGCAAUUGUUGACCAUGAGAAAGAGCUCUUGGAAGCGUUCAAACAGGAUCUGGGCAAGGGAUACUUUGAAGUGAUGACCUCUGAAAUUGAAUGGGUGAAGAAUGAUAUAAUAUUCAUGACUCAACACUUGGAGCAAUGGAUGAAGGAUGAGAAGCCGGCAGAUAUCCCAUGGAGCCACAGGAUUGUGAGCCCCAGAAUACGGAAGGAUCCUCUGGGCCUGAUACUCGUAAUUGGUGCCUUCAAUUUUCCGGUGAAUUUAUCCUUUGGCCCUAUGAUCGGGGCCAUUUCAGCAGGAAACACCGUUGUUCUGAAGCCUUCUGAACAGUGUCCCAACUGCGCCGCCGUCAUGCAGACGAUUAUGGAAAAGGCAUUAGAUCCCGAGUGCUAUAUCUGUGUCCAAGGUGGCAUACCCGAAACCUCGGCUUUGCUCGAGCAGAAAUGGGAUAAAAUUUUCUUCACCGGGUCUGUAAAUACGGCAAAGGUUGUUGCUCAGGCAGCGGCGAAGAAUCUGACCCCGGUCGCUCUGGAACUGGGUGGGAAAAAUCCUGCUAUAGUGACCAGGAACGCGGACGUCCACUUGGCAGCUCGGCGCCUGUUGUGGUCCAAGACAAUGAAUGCAGGGCAGGUGUGCAUGAGUCAAAACUACAUCCUAGUUGACAAGGAAGUGGCUCCCUCCCUGAUAGCGGAGCUCCAGGUGGCCCUGAAAGAGUUCUUCCCCAGCGGUGCGAAGCAGAGCCUGGACUACUCUAGGAUCGUCAACGUUCGAGCCUUUAACCGGAUCAAGAAGAUGCUGGAUUCUACUUCGGGGAAAAUAGUCAUUGGAGGAACCAUGGAUGCCGAUCAACUAUUCAUCGAGCCUACCGUAAUUGAAGUCUCAGAUCCCAAAGACUCUCUCCUGGUAGAGGAAUCUUUUGGACCUCUCAUCCCAAUCCUGGCGGUCGACAAUUUGGAUCAAGCCAUCAGCAUCGCCAACAAGAUCCAUGCAACGCCACUGGGAGUCUAUGCUUUUGGAACGAAGGCCGAGACUGACAGAGUACUCGCCGAGACCCGUUCCGGCGGCGCCAGCGUCAACGAUGGCUUCUACCAUGGCAUUAUCCCAACCCUUCCCUUUGGUGGCGUGGGCGACUCUGGUACUGGAGCUUACCAUGGAAAGGCAUCUUUCGACUGCUUUACGCAUGGUCGGUCAAUCACCAAGACACCCAACUGGGUGGAGAAGUUGCUGGCGGUCAGGUACCCGCCUUUUGCUGGCACCAGCAAGCUCACGCAGUAUCGCACAAUGGGGGUUCUGAAACCCGAUUUCGACAGAGAAGGAAACCAGAGGAUUGGGCUACUGUGGUACCUGAUCACUCUGGGGGCGGGAAGUGCGUCCAAAGGUGCGUUUCGAGCAGUGUUGGUCGCUGCUGUUUAUCUGGCACUGAGAGCACUAAUGGAAGGUAGAGCAUGGAAGGCAUUGAAAUAA